AUGGAUGAUGGAGAGGAGGUUGAGGGUGAUGAGGACUGGCGCUAUGGACCUUUAGGCCGUGCUGGCGUUCUGAAAGACGCAGAAACAGCAGCCCCUAGCACUGCACCCCCAGUUCGGGAUGCCCAGGUGCCACCUGCCGAAGCUCCGGCGCCAAAACCGAGCGCAUCGCUGCAGCGCAGCGGGGAGGUGAGGCCGCGCACCAUCUGGGCCUACUGGGCACAGGGCCAUCAGCAGAUGCCCCAGUUCUUCCAGAUGUGUGUGGCCACCUGGCAACGGGUGAACCCACAUUGGGAUGUCCGGAUCCUUCAGAAGUCCACGGUCUUGGAAUAUCUCGACGAGGAGGAGCUGCCCAACCGCUUCAUGGAGAUGACCUCGCACCAAACGGCUUCGGAUGCUGUGAGACUGGGCGUUCUGAGCCGCUAUGGCGGGGUGUGGCUUGACGUGAACAUCCUGGUCUGUGGAAGUUUGGACCAGCUCUGUUGGAAUGCCAUCACUUGGGGCCAGAAACCGGCCAUGGUCUUCUUCCACCCUUCCUACGGGACGGAGGCGCUGGGAGGCCAAGACUUCGUGGAGAGUUGGUGUUUGGCCACCAAGCCGCAGAACCCUUUCUUCAUCCGCUGGAGGGACACCUUCAAGGAGCUGUUUCAGGACCGAUUGAACAUUGAGGGUUUGCUGAAACACAGGCUCUACAAGGGCCUUGACCUCAGUGGAUUCGAAAAACUCAACGACGACUUCAGAGGUUCAGGGAUGGAAUUCCGUGAGUACCUGGCCAUCCACGCCAUGUGCCACCGACUGCUGGAGACGGAGCCAGAGGCACGGCGUCUAUGGCGUGACGAGUUCAUCAAGAUCAACGCCGCGGACACGGCAUUUCGAUUGCAAAUGGUGGCGCAGGCCAGUGACAUGCACAUGGCGCAGGUCCUUUUGCUGGAAGAUUCCAGAGCCGAAAAGCUCAUCGAGGGCGUGCCGCUCAUCAAGUUUCGAACGCCGGACUACGGACCGCUGGUGCAGCUGUCGCCUUCACAAUUGAAGGAUCGGCGCCACUUGUUGGGCCGCUUAUUGGAUCCACCUGCACAGGCUUUUCGUGGCGCAGCUGGUGUCGGGUCCGCACGGGCGACGGUUGGCAUGAGUUCCAUUGCACGAGCAGGUGGCCGGCGAUACAUGGCUGCUGCCAGUCUGGCCGUGCUUUGCAGGGGGCUCGUCCCGGCGCCUAGUGGGCUCCCUGCGCGGGCAGGCGUUUGGAGCCACUCGCCAUAUUGGCCCAACAUUCCGCUGCGGGGCCCUGCCAGGCCAGCCUUGCGGCCCUGGAAGUGA